GAUUGUGGCGUGGCCAUUCCCUCUGGGAGGUUCUGAGAAGGGUCACUCCACUGGCUGCCAUCACAAGAGUCCCGUUCUCAGUGGCUCCUCUCUGGGAACUGAAUGCACUCAAGGGUUGCCAGUCGACAUGAUCCUGCUGGCUGUGCUGUUCCUCUGCUUCAUUUCCUCAUACUCAGCUUCUGUUAAGGGUCACACAACUGGUCUCUCAUUAAAUAAUGAUCGUCUGUAUACGCUUGCAUACUCCACUGAAGUGUUUCUUGAUCGGGGCAAAGGAAAACUCCAAGACAGCGUGGGCUUCCGAAUUUCAUCCAGCGUGGAUGUUGUCUUACUUUGGAGGAAUCCUGAUGGUGAUGAUGACCAACUGAUUAAAAUCACGAUAAAAGAUGUAAAUGUCGAAGAUGUGAAUCAGCAGAGAGGAGAGAAGAGCAUCUUCAAGGGGAAAACAACACCUAAGGUUAUAGGGAAGGAAAACUUAGAAGCUCUGCAAAGACCUGUACUUCUUCACCUGGUCCACGGAAAGGUCAAAGAGUUCUACUCCUAUCAAAAUGAGCCAGUGGCCAUAGAAAAUCUGAAGAGAGGCUUGGCUAGUCUUUUUUCGAUGCCGGUCAAAGAGUUCUACUCCUAUCAAAAUGAGCCAGUGGCCAUAGAAAAUCUGAAGAGAGGCUUGGCUAGUCUAUUUCAGAUGCAGUUGAGCUCUGGAACUGCCAAUGAGGUAGAUAUCUCUGGGAACUGUAAAGUGACCUACCAGGCUAAUCAAGAAAAAGUGCUCAAGAUCAAGGCCUUGGAUUCAUGCCAAAUAGUGAGGUCUGGAUUUACAACUUCAAAUCCGGUCUUGGGUGUCAGUUCGAAGGCCACAUCUGUCACUACCUAUAAGAUAGAAGACAGCUUUGUUACAGCUGUGCUCGCAGAAGAGACACAUGCUUUUGGGAUGAAUUUCCUACGGAGCAUUACAGGAAAAAUAGUAUCAAAGCAGAAAUUAGAGCUGAAGACGACGGAAGCAGGCCCAAGACUGAUGCCUGGAAAGCAGGUUGCAGCCGUAAUUAAAGCAGUUGAUUCUAAGUACAUGGCUAUUCCCAUCGUGGGACAGGUCUUCCAGAGAGAGUGUAAACAGUGCCCUUCUCUCCUGGAGCACUGGCAGUCCAUCAGACAGCACCUGCUGCCCGACAACCUCUCCAAGGCAGAGGCCGUCAGAAGCUUCCUGGCCUUCAUUCAGCACCUCAGGACUGCAAAGAAAGAAGAGAUCCUCCAAGUCCUGAAGAGUGAAAAAAAGGAAGUACUACCUCAGUUGGUGGAUGCUGUCACCUCUGCUCAGACCUCAGACUCUUUAGAAGCCAUUUUGGACUUCCUGGAUUUCAAGAGUGACAGCAGCAUUAUCCUCCAGGAGAGGUUUCUCUAUGCCUGUGGAUUUGCCUCCCAUCCCAAUGAAGAAGUCCUGCGAGCCCUCAUUAGUAAGUUCAAAGGUCCCUUUGGGAGCAAUGACAUCAGAGAAACCGUUAUGAUCAUCAUUGGGGCCCUGGUCCGGAAGCUGUGUCAGAACGAAGACUGCAAACUGAAAGCAGUUGUUGAAGCCAAGAAGCUAAUCCUGAGAGGACUUGAGAAACCAGAGAAAAAAGAGGACGUCACGAUGUACCUGCUGGCUCUGAAGAAUGCUCUGCUCCCAGAAGGCCUGCUGAAGUACGCGGAGGAAGGGGAAGGGCCUGUCAGCCACCUGGCUGUCACUGCUCUCCAGAGAUAUGACGUCUCUUUCAUAACCGAUGAGGUGAAGAAGACUUUGAACAGGAUCUACCACCAGAACCGGAAAGUCCACGAAAAGACCGUGCGUACUGCUGCAGCUUCUGUCAUUUUAAAUAACAACCCAUCUUACAUGGAAGUCAAAAACAUCCUGCUUUCUAUUGGAGAGCUUCCAAAAGAAAUGAAUAAAUACAUGCUCUCCAUUAUUCAAGACAUCCUGCGCUUUAAAAUGCCCGCCAGCAAAAUGGUCCGUCGGGUUCUGAAGGAAAUGGUCGCUCACAAUUACGACAGGUUCUCCAAGAGUGGGUCAUCUUCUGCCUAUACCGGCUACAUUGACCGCAGCCCCCAUGCGGCAUCGACUUACAGCCUCGACAUCCUGUACUCGGGGUCUGGCAUCCUCAGGAGAAGUAACCUGAACAUCUUCCAGUACAUCGGGAAGGCUGGUCUGCACGGGAGCCAGGUGGUCAUUGAAGCUCAAGGACUGGAGACCUUAAUUGCAGCCACUCCUGAUGAGGGGGAGGAGAACCUUGACUCCUAUGCAGGCAUGUCUGCCAUCCUCUUUGAUGUUCAGCUCAGACCUGUCACUUUUUUCAACGGAUACAGUGAUUUGAUGUCUAAGAUGCUAUCAGCAUCUGGCGACCCUGUCAGUGUGGUGAAAGGACUUAUUCUGCUAACGGAUCAUUCUCAGGAGCUUCAGUUGCAAUCUGGACUGAAGGCCAAUAUGGAGGCCCAGGGUGGUCUAGCUAUUGAUAUUUCAGGUGCAAUGGAGUUUAGUCUGUGGUAUCGUGAGUCUAAAACCCGAGUGAAAAAUCGGGUGGCAGUAGUAUUAACUGGUGACAUCACAGUGGACUCUUCUUUUGUGAAAGCUGGCCUGGAAACCAGUGCAGAAACAGAAGCAGGCAUGGAGUUCAUCUCCACGGUGCAGUUUUCUCAGUACCCGUUCCUGGUCUGCAUGCAGAUGGACAAGGAAGAAGCUCCGUUCAGGCAAUUCGAGACCAAGUAUGAAAGGCUGUCCACGGGCAGAGGUCACGUCUCCCGGAAGAGAAGAGAAAGACUAGUAGCAGGAUGUGAAUUCCCACUCCACCAAGAGAACUCGGACAUGUGCAGGGUGGUGUUCGCCCCUCAGCCAGAGAGCACUGGCAGUGGGUGGUUCUGAAACUGACCGGGAUACUUCUCUUGAGUGUGUCUCCCCAAAAGGGAUCUGGCAUGACAUGCCUGAGUACUGCUCUCUGAGAGCACAUGUUUACAUAUUUGCCUGUAUUUAAGAUGUUUGUAAGAAGUGAUGGGAAGCUUCGCGUGAUUGAAUUUGGGCCCAUUAAUAUACUACCUACGGUGUCACUUUGAGUCAUGAUGUGACACUUUCAACAGCAUUCUUAAUGUCCUUAUGCCUCCCUCAAAUCCCACUUGUACAAGGAGACAAGCUAUGCUCUAAGAGAGACUCAUCUCUGUUAAAACAGGAGCAGAAAAACAAACCCCCACACACUCAGGGAAACUCAAUUUUGUUUCAACAAUUUUCAGUCAAUGUAUACAAAGCCCUUCAUAGACCCUUAAGCUCAGCGAGGAACCCAAACACGUUCCUAACUGGGGAAAAUAGGCCAUGUGUUUUCUUCUUUCUGUGGUAGGGAGGUGGUUAUGUGGGAGAGGAAAGUCUCUUUAAAUACUUUUGUUAGCCAGCUUCAAGAAUUAAUGCUUACGUCUUCUGUUAGCAUUAGUUUGAUAAGAACUAGGGUAGAAGACACAAUGAAACACCACCUCUUCUCUCUGUGGACCAUGCAGUGAGGUUCUUGGGAGCCAUUCAGACCCCUCCCCCUUGCCCUACACAAAUACUGGACCUGGCACACAGGGAUCAGAGAAAAGCAAUUUUAGAGACUCCACUUGAUGUUUCUCAUACCGUGUCUUUUUUGCGAAUUUAGUAGAGUACACGGUCCCUUACAAGCGACAUCCUCAGAAAAACCUCUCGGUCUCUGCCUCACCCAUUUUGUGGUAGAAGCUCCGGUCUUAUUACAAUCUGCACAUGAACCAAAAUGGUGGUCAGAUUAUUGCAUCAAUAAACCAACGAAUUUGGUUCUCUAAAAUAUGAUCCCCCAAAAGGAAUGUCUUCAUGUGUAUGAUGAAAAGAGCCAUGUUGAACAUUUUCAUAUAAGUAUGUGUAAAACAGGCAUGCUUAUUGUGAUACCCCCCCAAAUGACAGGUGCUCGUUGGCCCUUAGACACACAUAAAGCCACCCACUAUUGUUGUAAAUUGAAAAUUAAGUGUGUUGAAAUAAAUAUGUGGAAAUAUUAUUGA